AUGACACCCUCUCUCUCUUCCGCCCUCUCACUUCUCCCUGCCUCCUCCGAUCUUCCACCCUCUCUCUCCCUCCAACCAACUAACAAGGCGGCGGCGACCGGCGAUGGCGAGCACAACACAGCUGAGUCCUCUAAUCUUCCCCCCUCUCUCUCCCUCCAACCAAUUAACGAGCUGGCGGCGACCGACGACGGCGAGCACAACGCAGCUGCCGCGACGAUAGAGAUCUCUGCCUCCAGUCUCGAAGCUACACGGCGACGGUAG